CCCGCCCGCCCGCCCGCCGCCAUCUUGGCUCCUUCGCGGGGCCCGCAGCCGCCGCCGGAGCUUCCCGUUUCCAGUGUAUCUGGCCUCGUGCUGCCUGCUGUGUGUGAUGGUUUGUGAGUACCCGGCUCUGAGCUUAAACCUUCAAAGCAGCCAGCUGAAAGGCAGUGGAGCAAAAUGUUUUUAACAACAGUAUUACUGCGGAAGAGAAUUCCUGGGAAACAAUGGAUUGGGAAGUACAGGCGACCAAGACAGGUUACCAUUUCGAUGAAGCAAGCAAUGAUCCGGAGGUUGGAAAUUGAAGCAGAGAAUGAAUACUGGCUCAGCCAACCUUACCUGACACAGGAACAAGAAUACAAACACAACACGGAAGAGAGACGUGCCAAGUGGGAAGCUUUCAAAAGCCUGAAACAAGCCAAGUUUCCUGAGCACAGAUACAUCAGUGAUCAUUUAAACCACUUAAAUGUGACAAAGAAGUGGACAUGUUGAAUAAUACAGCACAUUUAUAUUUGGCACGUGUUGUGCACUACCCUGGAAUCUGCUUUCAUACCUAUUAUGAUAUUUCACUGUAAUUAGAGUGGGUGACAAGAUGUUGCUGUGGUGCACAAAAUACUACAUUAAAAGUAGUCCUCUGGAA